GAAAAUACUGAGCCAUACUAUGUGUGUAGCAACUAGUCAUGUGAUUGUUCUUUUGAAAAAUUCAGAUUUCCUCACGAAGGAUUCCGAAGAUAAAAUGUUUAGUAGCAUGUUUCGUUCAAGACUGGUUGAUGUUGAGAUAGCCAAAAGCUCGACUCUUCAGUUGCAUACGUUGCCAAAGAGAUUCCUUUCUUCAUCGAAUACGACAGAACAUGACGUAGCUGUCCUUGGUGGAGGUCCGGGGGGCUAUGUUGCGGCGAUCAAAGCAGCCCAACUAGGACUGAAGGUCACUUGCAUAGAAAAGAGAGGACGACUGGGUGGUACUUGCCUGAACGUCGGAUGCAUUCCGUCUAAAGCACUACUUAACUCGUCUCAUAUGUAUGAAGAAGCUUUACACAGCUUUGCUGGUCAUGGAAUUACCUUUAAGGAUGUGAAACUUGAUCUUGAUGCUAUGAUGAAACAAAAGUCAAAAGCUGUCGAUGUUCUGACGAAAGGAGUUGAAGGUCUCUUUAGAAAGAACAAAGUUAGCUACGUUCGGGGAACAGGAAAACUGAAAAGCAAAAACGAAAUACUUGUAGAGUUGUUAGAUGGAGGUACAGAGACUAUCAAGGCGAAGAAUAUUGUUAUAGCUGCUGGAUCAGAGAGCGCUUCCUUACCUGGUGUUGCUUUUGAUGAAAAGAGAGUCGUAUCAUCAACUGGGGCCUUGUCUCUUGGUCAAGUUCCUAAGAGAAUGGUCGUUAUUGGAGGAGGAUAUAUCGGUCUUGAGAUGGGUUCUGUAUGGAGAAGACUUGGUUCAGAGGUUACUGUUUUGGAGUAUCUCGAUCAUAUUGUACCAAUGAUAGACCGUGAAGUUGCAGAUCACCUUUACAAAACUCUUCAAAAACAAAAUCUAAAGUUUAAACUUGGUACGAAAGUCGUCGGAGUUGAUAGUUCUGGCAGCACGUUGAAGUUGACGGUUGAACCUUCAAAAGGAGGAAAGCAGGAAAAUCUAGAGUGCGACGUUGUACUCGUUGCCACAGGUCGUAAACCGAAUACGGGGGAACUUGGUUUGGACAUUGCUGGAGUAAAGUUAAAUAGCAAAGGUCAAAUAGAGGUUGAUGACCAUUUUAGAACCAAUAUUUCCAAUAUAUAUGCAAUAGGGGAUCUGAUUCGGGGCCCUAUGCUGGCACACAAAGCUGAAGACGAAGGUGUGGCAUGUGCCGAAAUAAUUGCAGGCAAACCCGGUCAUGUGAAUUACGAUGUAAUCCCUAGUGUGAUAUACACAUUUCCCGAAGUUGCUUCUGUAGGGAAGACCGAAGAAGAACUUAAGCAAGCGAAUAUUGAGUAUAACAAGGGAGUCUUUCCAUUUUUGGCGAAUUCUCGCGCGAGAACGAAUGACUCUCAGGGAGAGUCUAUUCAAGGAAUGGUGAAAGUUUUGGCUGAUAAAAAGACGGACCGAAUUCUUGGUAUUCAUAUCAUCGGUAGUAAUGCAGGGGAAAUGAUAGCAGAAGGUGCCUUAGCCAUGGAAUAUGGAGCUUCUUCUGAGGAUGUUGCACGAACUUGUCAUGCACAUCCGACGCUUUCUGAAGCUUUUCGAGAGGCACACAUGGCAGCAUUCAGCAAGCCGAUAAACUUUUAGAUGGAAAUAAAGGUUUUUUUUGUGAAUUUUGUACUGGUUGAUCUUUAAGAACUAAAGUUUAUGAAAAACCGUUUUGCGAAGUUUUAAAUUCAAAGAUUCGUUUGUAGUCAUCAUCCUCGUCAGGACAAGUUGCAUAAUAUCGAAAAGCUACAAUAUUUGUGUACAGAAACUAUCUUGGAAUGUUUGUCUUUGAAAGGUGUUCAACUAUGAAAAGUUCAUGUGGUCGAUUUCUCGCAUUAGCCUCAUCGACAUUUCAACAAUCACGUGUAGACGCCACCAAAUUUUUUAAAGUCCUUUCUUGUCGUCCCAAAUACUGAGGGCUCGAUUUGACGGUCUAAGUACGUUGUGUGACCAGGAGUCUCUGUAGUAAUGAAGAUAACGUGGAAGCCACCCUAAAUAAACCCUAAAGGGACAUUAGCAAUAAGUUACUGUGCUAAAAACAACGCUUCCAUCCUUCAGUAAACUUUGAAAUGCUACAGGCAUACAACAGUCCACGAACCAACGAAGGACAUCGAAGUCUUAUUUUCUGUUUCUUUGAGUGGAAGGAUAUCUUUGUUCGUGACGAAACUUUUAAGACGAGACGUCGCAAAUUGUC